GCCGUUUGAGAGCGUUAAAUCAAAAGAAAGGCGCGUGCUUUUCUGUUGAGUUCUGAUGAUGGAAUCCGUACAAACUCGGAAGCUCGGAAAUCAUCUGUUUAUAUUUGAGAAAUCGAAAGAUGAAAACCAGAAUGGUGGAGCUAAAGGUCGAACAUUUAUAACCUCUUGUGAAGCAAAGGCGGACAAGAAACUUCCACCAGAAUUUAUCAGGUACAUGAGAACGCUAUUCAAUAUUUUGGAUACGAGUAAAUCUGGCUUGGUGAAGUUGAGUGAUAUUGAAGCUUUUUGGGGACAGAGAGACGGAAUGAACGGGUACUCUCUGCAAGUAAGAGGAGUGCUAGAACAUCUACGUAAAGUCACUCCGGCGAAUGGAUUGCUCAGUUUUGAACGUCUUUGUAUGGGAUUUUGCCAGUCAUUUCAUUCGUCAGCAAACGGUUCGAUUGCUAAUGGUUCUGUAGGCGCUAGUAGGGCUAAUGUCUAUGAAAAUCGGGACAAUGAUAAGUUGAAAGGACAGAAUUAUAAGUCAGGAUUUACCCGGAGACAACAACGAGAUCGCCCUAGAUCGAUGGGACCUUUGCUUGGUAAAUCAAAAGAUCAGGAGUUGUUUCAUUCUGACGAAGGAAGGAGCUUCAACAAACCUGAUCGAGAACGUGACUCAGAGCUAUGCAAAAAUGAGUUUUCCGCCAUAAACGGAAGGCGUCCAAUUUCGAUAGGACAGAAUAAAGAAACACAGCCAGGCAGUAUGAAUCCAGGCUUUCAUCUGAAUGAUACUGGCCGAAGACCGCACUCAGAAUUGCUGCAACAUGAUAUAAAUAUUGUCAGGAAACCAGAACGACAAAAGCGUCCAAAGUCAAUGCUUCCAUUCUGUCAGGCGAAGCAACCUGACUUGUCAGUUGCGAAGAAACAAGGCGGAAUUUUGGAAGGAAUACAAAAAACUGACAAAAAAACGGUGAUUGCUAAACUGAAACAAUGGCGAAAUGAAGAGUUGAAGAAAAGCACCAGUUCAGGUGUAAAAAGUAGAACAAAAGAGUUUUACGGACAGGGUUACCAGUCUGAUAACGAAGGGGCGUACAACUGCAGGCAACGACGACUUGUGACUCCAGUUUGCUGUACUGGAUUAAACGAAACAGGCUCUGAAAUCUAUCGUAACCUGGCGAAGACUUCAAGAAGGAGUAAUGGUGUGCCCAUGUGUAAGACAACAGUUUACUAUCAAGGCCAAGUUGAAACUAAAUCUGAAAAACAGGAACCAAAGAAGACACGAGCUCCAGAGACUUUGCGGACUGCCCAAGAUGACGUGAAAACUACUACAGGAGAUGAGUUGCACACGCUCAAGGAAGGUCUUCAUAUUGUCGACGAAGUCAGAGAUUGUUUGCUGAAGAGAAUUGCUGAUAUUCAAGAAAAAAGACUGUAUGAAAAUUUAAACAACACAAAAUCCCAAGAUUUGAAGGUCAAAAGUUCCGAUGAGGAGAAAAGAAAAACUCCUACUUCUUAUCCGUCGGAUGUUGAAUCUCUUUCAAAUCUUUUUCGUAGUCUAAAAACGAUUUUGGAUCAAGUAAAACCAUCAAGAAACGAUUGUUGAUAUUUUUUAAGGUAAAACAGCUAUAUCAAGAAAGUCGACUCGUUGCUGAAUACAAUAAUGUACUACGAACAAUAUCCGAUGGUCAC